AUGUUUACGUACAUGCUGCAAAGCUACGACAAGGGGAUCAUGAGUGCCGCCACGCAGUUCAACUUCAACACCGACCUCGGCUUAUCUACUGUGAUUGGGCAUGAGACAAAUGGCACGCCGAUCACGGACAACCAACGGUACUCAAACGCUUCGAUGAUCUUCUACAUCGGGUAUCUGGUCGGCACCUAUCCAAUGGUGUACCUGUCGCAGCAUUUCCCUCCAUCGCGAGUCAUAUCACUGGCGACUUUUUUCUGGGGGAUUGUGGUCAUGGCCACUGCUGGUUGCACAAACUAUGCCGGCAUUAUGGUCAACCGCUUUGUGCUUGGCGUGCUCGAGUCCGCCGUCGCGCCUACCUUCACCGUGCUGGUGACUUUCUGGUGGAGGCGGGAUGAGCAGGCCUUGCGCACAGGACUGUGGUACUGCUGUGUCGGGGUUGCCACUAUGAUAUCGCCUCUUAUAAACUACGGACUCGGUCAGAUUCAUGGAUCGCUCGUCUCGUGGAAGCCAAUGUUCCUAAUCCUUGGGGCCGUCACAACUGCUUGGGCAGUGGUUCUCUUCUUCUGUCUGCCGAAUGAUCCUCUCACGACAAAAGGAUUGACCGAAUCUGAACGCAUAAUUGCCGUUCACCGACUGCAGGAAAAUCAGGCAGGCACUAUCAGCCAUUAUUUUGAUAAAGCCCAGUUUUUUGAAGCAUUUCGGGAUUACAAGACGUAUAGCUGCACGUUGAUUGUUCUCCUGACCGGCGUGCCUUCUGGCGCUAUUGGGACAUUUGGAACCAUUGUAAUUAACGGCUUCGGAUUCAGCCAUUUCGACUCGCUGGCUCUGACUUGUCCCAUCGGCGCUAUUACAGCGCUGGCUAUUUUGCUAGUUGCUUACGUGACUCGAAAAUGGAAGGGCACACGCUACCUCUCCAUCAUUAUCUGUGCGCUCAUCUCCAUUGCUGGCACUUUGAUCUGCUGGUUCGGACCACGCACCAAUAGAGGUCUGUUGUUUGCCGGCAUUUUCCUGAUUGCCGUCCAAGUUGCCUCCGGCGGGUUAGCUGUUUCGCUGGCCGCUUCCAACAUUGCCGGCCAUACCAUGGUCAUCAGCGCUGGGACUUGGAUUCUCCUGCGCAGGGAGAACGCAAAGAGAGAGAGGCGCUCCACUGGCGGGGAUCGUCUUCACUCGUUUGAGGAGAACUUGACGGACAUGCAGAAUCAGGACUUUCGAUACGUAUUGUAG